AUGUUUGGGAGAGCGCCCAAGAAGAGUGACAAUACCAGGUACUAUGAGAUCCUCGGUGUCCCCAAGAAUGCCUCCCAGGACGAUCUCAAGAAGGCCUACAGGAAAGCCGCCAUCAAGAACCACCCGGAUAAGGGCGGUGACCCCGAGAAGUUUAAGGAGUUGGCUCAAGCCUAUGAGGUUCUAAGUGACCCAGAGAAACGUGAAAUUUAUGAUCAGUAUGGCGAGGAUGCCCUCAAGGAAGGAAUGGGCGGUGGAGGCGGUGGGCAUGAUCCCUUUGACAUUUUCCAGUCUUUCUUUGGUGGCAGCCCGUUUGGUGGUGGUGGCAGCAGCCGAGGCCGAAGGCAGAGGAGGGGUGAGGAUGUUAUCCACCCUCUUAAGGUUUCCUUGGAAGAUCUCUACAAUGGUACAUCCAAGAAGCUAUCUCUAUCUCGCAACGUAAUAUGCUCCAAGUGCAAAGGUAAAGGGUCCAAGUCUGGUGCAUCGAUGAAAUGUGCGGGCUGUCAGGGUACCGGUAUGAAGGUUUCUAUUAGACACCUUGGUCCUUCAAUGAUCCAACAAAUGCAGCAUGCUUGCAAUGAGUGCAAGGGUACUGGUGAGACCAUCAAUGACAAGGACCGCUGCCCUCAGUGCAAGGGUGAAAAGGUCGUGCAAGAGAAGAAAGUGUUGGAAGUCAUUGUUGAGAAGGGUAUGCAGAACGGACAGAAGAUAACAUUCCCGGGAGAAGCUGAUGAGGCGCCCGACACUAUCACGGGAGACAUAGUUUUUGUCCUGCAACAGAAGGAGCACCCUAAGUUCAAAAGAAAGGGUGAUGACUUGUUCUAUGAACACACAUUGUCGCUUACGGAGGCACUCUGUGGCUUCCAAUUUAUCUUGACACAUAUGGAUGGUAGGCAGCUGCUGAUUAAGUCUCAACCCGGGGAAGUGGUCAAGCCUGAUCAAUUCAAGGCUAUAAAUGAUGAAGGGAUGCCCAUGUACCAGAGAUCCUUCAUGAAGGGGAAGCUGUACAUCCACUUUUCGGUGGACUUCCCGGAAUCGUUGAUCCCAGACCAGUGCAAGGCACUGGAGACAAUACUACCCCCAAGGACAUCGGUGCAGCUGACAGACAUGGAGCUGGAUGAGUGUGAAGAGACAACCCUGCACGAUGUGAACAUCGAGGAGGAGAUGAGGAGGAAGGCGCAUGCACAGGCCCAGGAGGCGUACGAGGAGGACGACGACAUGCCCGGAGGAGCCCAGAGGGUGCAAUGCGCGCAGCAAUGAUCGGUUUGUGUGCAGUGCAGGAGAUUCUCUUCUUCGAAGCUGUAGGACCAAGUGAAGCUGCUUAGGUGGGACAGGUAAUAUCCGAAGACGGUGAUGAAAGUGGGGGGCUAGUGUGUCGACUUUUUAUUGUUUAUUGUCAUGGCAAGUAAUUUUUCAAGUGUGCUUUUUUUUUUUUUUACAGUAUAAGUAGUAAUAUAGUAGGGGGGAAAGGAGGAACAUUAGGGGCCUGAAUUGAACUGGGUUUUGGAUUCUUUUGCCAUUUUUAUAAUCUGACGUUGAUGAUGAUGGUGACAAUGAUCUUCUAUUAUCCAACAGUUUGCUGCU